CCGGCAAGUUGUGAGGCGAGGCAGUCAGUUGCUCUCAGCUACGACAUGCGUUAUGCAUGAGAGACAGAAAAAUAUUUUAACAAUUUAUAUUAUUUUUCUUUUUUAAUAAUAUAUACAGAUUUUUUUUUUUCUUUCUGUAUUUAUAAACAAAUUAUAUAUACAGUGGUGUAUUUUUACCGCGAGUUUUUCAAAACAUCAGGAAAAAUAAAAUUAUAAUUUUUUAUUUUCUUUUUCUCAAUUGAUUGAAAGAAAUAAAAAUAAAAAAAAGAAAAAAAAAAAACAACUUCCCUUAUAUAAUCUAUUCAUUUGUGUUAAUUUUAUUUGUUUAUUUUAAAUUUUUUUAUUUAUAUUUCUAAAUUUGGAAAUAUAAUUAAUGAAAUCGGAUAUAUCGUGUGUGAAUUUAAUCUAUUAAAAUAUGGACAUACCAUUGAUGUCUUUAUCAAUUGAACCAACAACGAUUCAAGUGAAUAUAUGCAUUUAUAAAAUAAAUAAAUAAUUACAAGUGACUUGUGUAUAUUAUUUUUUUUUUUAAUCAAUAUCAUCAAAGUGUUUUAUUUAUUUAUUUAUUUUUUUUGAUUCAACGAAAACAGUGCGUGUUCUGAUAAGUGUUGAUUUAAAAAUAAUAAAAAUGAUAAUUACUGUGGAAAGAUAUUUAGUGAGAUGCAAAAUUUUGUGGAGCCAACUCCCAAAUAUUGAAAGUGAUUAAAAGUUUAUUGAACAUAUAACAUAUACUCCAAUAAAUAAGCAUCAAAAAAAAAAAUUAUUGAAAUUAAAAAAAAAAAUAAUAAACUUUAUUUUACAUAAAUUAAAUCUCAUGAUUUUUGUUUGUUUUUUUUUUUUUUUUUUUUAAUUUUCAUUAUUUAAUGAAUUUUGGAGUCAGCAAUUGAAGAUCAUCAAUUGGAUUCGGCAAUACGACAGGUUGUGCUGUGUGUUAUUUACUAUAUAGCUCUUUGAAAUCGAAGGGUAUUAUUAUAUAUCCUAUAUACCUUUUGAAAAAUAGACUCUAGCAGCGAAUAAAUAGAAAAUAUAAGGAUCGAACUUGUAUACAGUGUAUUGGUUGGUGUUGUAUUGAAGUGUAUUUAUGUGUUAUUAAACAAGGGUUGAAUUCAAUUUGUGAGUUCAUAGAGAAACUAAAAAGAUAUCUAUAAUAAAUAAAAUAAAAAAAAAAAAGGGUACCGCUCCAAAAAUCUGGUGCGGUAUUAGAUUGGGUAUCAAGGGAGUAGAUGGCAGCUACAACGUACAUGCCGGUUAGUAGCGCAGUGUCAGCCGACCUGGACGGUGGUUCAGGAUCAGCUAUCGGAAUGAAUAUCGGAGUUGGUGGCUACUCAUCGGGUUCACCCCGUAGCGCUUCUGAUGCUGGUGAAAUGAAAUAUAUGCCAGCACCACAACAUCAUCAUCAUCACCAUCAUCAUCAUCAAAUAUCAUCAUCACCAACACCAAAUGGAAUAUCACCACAUCCAGCAAAUUUAUCAACAACAAAUCCUUGGGUUAGUUUACAAGCUGGUGAUCCAUGGGCAGCAUCAAUUGGAAUGCAUCAUACAACACAUCAUCCACAUCAUCAUUCACAUAUACAGGGUAAUAAUAAUAUUGAUGUUAAACCAUUAUCAUCAGCAGCAACAGCAACAGAUAGUGUACAAAAUAUGCAUCAUCGUGGUUCACAUCAAUCACAAGGAAUGAGUUCACCACAUUCUUGGCAUGCACCAGUUGUACCGUCGGCACAUUAUAAUCCAAGUGGUGGUGCAUCAUCACCAACAACACUUAGCCAAUAUCAUGCUGCAAUGAAUGGAAUGUUACAUCCACAUCAACAUCAACAUCCUCAUCAAUUGCAUAAUCAUCAAUCUGGUUUACCACAUCAUUUACGAGAUUCUCAUAACCAUAGUCCACCAUCUGGUCAUCAAUUACAUUCUGGUCAUCCACUUGAUAGGGAUCAUAGUGCUGGUGAAGAAGAUACACCAACAUCUGAUGAUCUUGAAGCAUUUGCUAAACAAUUUAAACAAAGAAGAAUUAAAUUAGGUUUUACACAAGCUGAUGUUGGUCUUGCACUUGGUACAUUAUAUGGUAAUGUUUUUUCACAAACAACCAUAUGUAGAUUUGAAGCAUUACAAUUAAGUUUUAAAAAUAUGUGUAAAUUAAAGCCAUUAUUACAAAAAUGGCUUGAAGAAGCUGAUUCAACAACUGGAUCACCAACAAGUAUUGAUAAAAUUGCUGCACAAGGAAGAAAAAGAAAAAAACGUACAUCAAUUGAAGUAUCAGUUAAAGGUGCAUUAGAACAACAUUUUCAUAAACAACCAAAACCAUCAGCACAAGAAAUAACAUCACUUGCUGAUAGUUUACAGUUAGAAAAAGAAGUUGUUAGAGUAUGGUUUUGUAAUCGUCGACAAAAAGAAAAAAGAAUGACACCACCAAAUACACUUGGUGAUGGUAUGAUGGAUGGUAUGCCACCUGGUCAUCAAGGACAAGGUUUACAUCAAGGAUAUCAUCCACAAGAUCAUUUACAUGGUUCACCAAUGGGACAUAGUCAUAGUCCACCAAUGUUAAGCCCUCAGGGUCUUACAGCACAUUCACUUGCGGCUCACUAGCGUUCACCGGGGCCUCCCCCGCUGGGCCUCGCUUUAUCUUCGCAAACUAAUACAAGUCCAGAUGGAUUACCACCUUUUUAUCAUCACUACCUCCAGGCACGUACAACUGGUUAUGGUGCUACGUAGCUGCCGUGGCAGUAUCAUCAUCAUCGUCAACAGCAACAACAACAACAACAAAAUUUUCAUCAACAAAAUCAAUACAUGAUGGACAGUGACGAUCAAGAUGACAACCAAUGAUAAAAUAUAUAUAUGACUAUUAGUUUUUUGCGAGGUGAUAUGCGAGGUCCACCCGGAGCACCGGGGAGGCCGACGCAAGAGUGUUAUAAUAUAGUUUCAAAUUCAAAAAAAAAAUAAACUAUAGAAACUAUGUGUGUGACACCUUUAAUGUUUAUAAAUUAAAUAAUAAUUAUUAUUAUUUUAUUUUUUUUUUUUAUAUAUAUAUUUUUUCGUUUCAACAUACAUAAUUUUUGUUCGCAAAGUCUUCUAAAAAAAACUCUGUGAAUACGUAAAAUUAUUAUUAACUAAAAAAACAAAUAAAUAAUAAACAUUGUGGACUUUGCGAAAUAAAUGCGGAACGACAUAGAAGAUUUAACCGAGGACACAUUGGUGAUAUUACUUCGAUGAACUUCAAUUUAUAUUAUUAUUAUCUUUAUUAUUAUUAUUAUCUUUAUUAUUAAUAUUAUUAUUAUUACUAUCAUAUUAUAUAUAUAUAUAUAUUUUCCGUUUUAUUUUUCUUUUUUUUUUAUGGACAAUUUUUCUAGAAUAUUGAGUUAGAUAUUUUUUUUUUUUUCAAACAAAAACAUAAAAUGGACCUUUACAGGCCUUUUGUCGUUCCUAACGUUGUUAUUAAUAACUUGUUGUUUGUUUGUUUGUUUGGUGUGACGUGUGGUCCCUCUUGGUGCAGUGGUUCUUUCUAAUUUUUUUUCUCAAUUUUAUCGUGAUAAAGGCAUAGACCACCGUCGGAUAUUUUGACGGAUAUGAACGAACCAAAAAUUCAUAUAUUAUUUAUCAAAAAUUUUCAUUUUUUUUAUUUAUUCAUUUGAUUUUUGCCGUCGGUAGAAAAAAAAAAAUUAUCAAGUGUAUAUAAAAUGUGAUUUGAGUAUUUGUUAGAAUUUCCGUGAUCCAGUGUGUCCAGUUUACAAAAAAAAAAUUAAUUUUUAUUUUAUUAUCAUUUUUUUUUUUUUUUUCUCAAUACUGUUAUCUGUUUUUUCAAGUGACAGUGAUUUUUUUUCCAAAAUAAUUUAAAUAAAAUAUUUUAAUUUUUUUAAAUAAAUUCAAAAAAUAAGUUACCAAAAAAAAUAAAAAAGAAUAGUGAAUGACACACCUCGGGAAUGGAUACUUGAACAUGAAAAAUAAAAACGUAUUUACGUACACUUAUCUGCGGCAAAAAAUAAAAAAUGAACAAAAAAAAAAAAAGGAGUAAACUUUUUUAAACGUACAUAGACACAUACACGUUGAGAGGGACUAACGCUCGCAGGCAAACGCAUAUACCGUAGGGGAGUGCUCUUGUGCUCGGGUGGAAUUUGCCUCGUGUAAAUCCACCAGAGUGAUGUAACAUAAGUAAAUAUGGACUGUAAAUAAUGUACCAGAUGAAUCUAGUAAGUUAAGUGAGCAUGCUGCGACGCGCGUCACCGACAUUUAAUAUACUUUAAAAAGCAAAAAAAAAAUCAAUUUUUUUUUCAACUACCCCCAACUGCCCGUUAAUCCGAAAAAAAACCAGAUUUAUAUAUCUAAAAAAAAUGCAAAAGCCAGAACAAAUCGUAAUACGCUAAAAAAAUUAUUGAAAAAAAAAUAAUAAUAAAAUUAUAACAAAAAAGAUAUAAAAAAAAAAAAGUGUGUGUAGCUGAUUGAUGUCAAUUUUAAAAGAUUUCAAUUCGACGUGGACGUGUGCUUAUUUUUAUUUAAAAUAUUAUUAUGAUAUAUUAUUUUUUUGUGUGAAUAUACACAACUGUUUGCGAUGGAUUGGAAGAAAACAUCAUUGGCAUUAAUUUGAGGAAUGAAAUAACACACACAACCUGAUCAUGCAAAAAUCUAAUUGACAUCAUAUUUGAAUUUAUAAAAUGUAAGUAUCACAAAUGUGAGAAACAAAAAGUAUAUUAUUCAAAAUAUAUUAUUAAAUUCAAUUUUUUUUUGGUAAAAAGAAAAAUAUUCAAUUACUAUUUUGUUUUAUCUGUAUUUUAAAAAUAUUUGUCUGACUGAUGGUUGGUUUAAAUCACUUUUUUUUUGCAUAAUUUUAUUGACUAAUUAUUAUGUCAUUGAGUUUAUCAAAUCAAAUUAUAUUUUUGCAAAAAAAAAAAAAAACUAAUUGAAUAUUCAAUUUUUUAGUUAUGAUUUUUAAUGAAUUAAAAAAAUAUAUUUUAUAUGGUUUUUUUUUCGGAUUAUGGGAUACAAAAAAAAAAUAUAAAAAAAUUUGCUAGUGUAUUUUUUAACGCUCAGUGUUAUUGAAAUUUUGUUUUUAGUUAUUUGGUAAUUGGAAAAAAAAAAAAAAAAAUUACCUGGUGAAUGUAAAUGCGAACAUCAUAGUAAUUUUUUUUUUUUUUUGAAUAUUUUUGUUGAGCAAUACAAAUACGACUCAUAUUGUUUAUAUUUCCGCGGCAAAAUAUUGGAGGUUUUUUUGUAAAUAGUAGAAUUUAAAAAUAAAAAGAGAAAUAAAUAUUUAAAAAAAUAAAUAUUAACUCCAUAAAAAUACAAUCAGAUUAAUAGCAAAUAAUAUAAAAAAAAAAAAAAAGUAAUUUUUUUUAAAUAUUAAAAUUAAUAAAAAAAAAUCUAAUGAAACAAUAAAAAAGUCGUGUUGACGCGGUUAUUGUAAACUAUAUGAGACAAAUUAAAAAAAAUAAUUUAAUAAAUAUGGAAAAAAACAAUUUGCCAAUAUAAAUAAUUUUUUAUUAAAAUUUUGCCUUCUUUUUGAAAUUUUCAAGCAAUCUAAAUAAUCUCGUAAUAAUUGUGCUUUAAAAAUAAAAAAUACUUAAUGCGAAAAAAAAAAUAUUACAAAGCUAAAAACUAAUCGGAUUUAUCAAUGAAAUAAAAAAAAAAGUUUUAAUUAUUCUAAGCUAUUUUUUAUUAUUAAUUUUUUUUGUAAUCAUUAAACUUGUUGUCAUUGUUAUCAAAAUGAUACUUUAAACAUUUUAAUUAACGGCAAAUUAAAAAAAAAGUAAUUCAAAUUGAAAAGCACAUUAUUAUUACGAGGUUAAAUAUUAGAUUGUAAUAUUUGUUUCGUUAUUAUUGCAUACUUUUUGUUAUUUAAAAAAAAUUUUUAAAAUUAAAAAAAAAAAUUGUAUACAAUGAAAAAAAAAAAAUAAUAAAUUAUGUGACGUUGUGAUUGGUUAGGGAGCGAGGCUAUAGAAAAAUAAAAUUGAUUUUCGUUAAUCAACAAAAAUGAAAAAAAAAAAAAAAAAGUUACUUUUUUUUAAAAAUUAAA